AUGCCUGACCCUGGCAGCGGAAGCUCAUCCAACUAUCUGUCUGCUGGAGGGCAUGGAAAUACUUCCCAUUCCCCGAACCAUCGAUCUACAACUCCAAGCGGUGAUGGCCCAGCGGUACCUGGCCUUGAAGUCCAGCCCCCCUCUAGUCCAACAUCAUCAUUGAAUGAGCCAAUCAGCACCGCAACGUAUGCCAAGAAGAUGUGCGAAGACAAUGAUAUCCCUACCGGAGACGUCAUGUGUUUCAUCGAUUCUGGCGACAUCUUCUUUAUGCUCAUAGACCUGAAAAUUACUCUUAUCAAACUUUGCGAGGUAAAUAGGGCGAAGAGAAUGCAGGAAUUGAAGGAUGCCUUAGAAUCGAAGGACUUCGAGAAUGGGCUAUAUAACCGUUUAUUUGCAUGUAUGCUGUCACCAAAUAUCACAGCAUACGUUACUGAUACUCAGCAUCAUAUAAUGGACUUCAUUACCACUCAUUCCGAUGUCUUCAAAAUCCCUCCUGGAAUGCUUGAGGAUGUCGAACUCAGAGCUCAGUUGGGCAAAUCGGUCACAAAGCUACUUACAGGCAUUCGGAGUGUCAUCAAGAAUGCUCUCACCGCGUCAGUUGUCAAGCGCACGAGCAUCGCUGAUGUGACGAGGGCACUUGCACGCUGA